AUUUUAACCAAAUUAUUUUUCACGAUAAAAACGACAAACAUUUUUCACGAUAAAAACGCGAUGUUACAGAUUCUAUACAAACAAAAUCUUGAUGGAAAGGAGCGUCAGGAAAUACGUAGAACAAGACUAUUGCACCAACAAAAAAUUAAACGUUUAGAACAACAUGAUGACCAAAGACACCAUAAAGAGACACAUUGUAACGAACAAAAAGGCAAGUCCUACAAGAAAAAGUACAAAAAUCAUAAUAUAGAAAACAUAGAUCUGCAACUUUCUGAAUGGCUAAAGGAAAAACCGGAUAAUUUCGAUGAUUGGCUAUUAGUACCAUGUCCGAAAGGUCAACGUUGUUUGGUGGUCGCUGCGAAAGGAGAAACAAAAAUGUUUAGCAAAAAUAAAUCAUAUCGCAUGACAUUCGCAAGUUUAUUACCCGGAGGUGGUAUUAAUGGUUCUAACAAUGACACCUGCAUAUUGGACUGUAUUUACAACAAAGAAAUGGACAUGUUUUAUGUACUAGAUGCAUUACAUUUCUCUAUACCAUUGAUUGAUUGUGAUGCCGAAUUUCGUUUUUUUUGGUUGAAAUCGAAAUUUAACGAACUUAAUGAGUUGGAAGACAUGUAUAAAUGUGAUAACCUGAAAAGUUUUAAGCUUUUAGACUACUAUGAUAUGUCAAAUGAGGAACGCUUGGCAAUGGCUUUUCAGAGGUGUCCCUUAUGGCUGGAUAAUCAACCACAAUUAGAUGGAUUUCUAUUUUAUCACAAAGAGUCUCAUUAUGUAUGUGGUACUACUCCCUUGGUUUGUUGGCUAUUUCCAUUUAUGGUACCCGAUGUAAUACAAAUGACAGUCAGCAGGUUUUAUGAGUCACCAGUAAAUUACUGUAAACAAAAUCCUUGGCAGUAUAUGAACGAAUUUGACAAGGAGAUCACUAUUAAACAAUUGAAAAGAAAAACAAAACAAUUGAAGGAACUGGUUCAAGACGAACAGUCCUCAGAAUAUUCAACAGCUGUGGAAGAAGAUCAGAAUAGUUAUUUUCAAAUCAAUAUGGAUAUGGUGGGUUGUCACUAGAAUCAUUACUAACAACGGAUAAACUAUUAGAAUUGGAGGACGAUUCUUAUUAAUAGGGAUUAUUUUAGUUUUAAUUUAUGUAUACAUAUUAAUAUUUAAGGGAAUAUAAACUUCAAAAUAUAAUCGACCAUUUUAUUAUUAAUAACCAGGGAAACCGGAAAUAUGCUCUAAAAAAAGCGUUUUAGGCGCUUUAAAUAUGCAGUAAAAGCUUUAAAAUAUGCUAUUAAAAUUUAAAAAAUAUGCUCUUAAAAAAACAAACUACAUAAUUUUUAACCAAAAAAAAUUCACUUAAAUUUUCAAAUAAAAAUCGUCUAUUGGAUCUGAAAACAUUUUUAAAUAUAGAAAAUGUUCUUUCGACAUCAACUGAUGUUACAGGAGCAAAUUUAAAAGACAACAUUUCUCUAACACUUAGAACGGUUAAGUUUGAAUUAGAACUAAAAUUUGAUAUUUAGAUGGAGCUAUUAUUAAAAUAGUGCUUAUGCUGUGCCGAAUCUUAUAUACCCUUCACCUAAUUAUACUUCAAAAUAAAAAAUUUUAAUAUUUUUAGAUGAACAAAAAUUUUUUUUCAGUUUUUUCAUUUUUUGGAUAAAAAAAUUUUUCGAAUUGUUAAUUUAAAUUUAAAAAAAAAAUUCAGUUUUUUAAAUUUUUUUUUUUGGUGAAAAGCCAUCUAUUUUUAAAUUUUGAAUUUUAAACAAAGGAAGUAAAAACCUGUAACACAACAGCGAAAAAUAAGUAAGACAAAAUUUGUUUUUGAUAAACUCAAAAUAUGCUAUUAAACAGUAAAAUAUGCUCUAAAACGCAAAAUAUGACAUAAAUAUGCUCUUAAAACAAAUAUAUGCAAAAAUAUGUAUUUAAGGGUAAAAUAUGCAAAAAUAUGCACUAACAAAUCGAUGCCAAAAUUUUUAAAUAGUUCUGAAACGUGUAAAUAUCUUAUCCAUGUGCUCAUUCGACUCACCAGAAAAAACAUGCAUUUGCAUAUUUUGGUUUCCCUGUUAAUAACACUUAUGUCCACUUUGGUGAAAUGCAUUGAAAUGUUGAAAAAUAAAAAGAUUUUUAUUAAUAUUUACAACAAACAUGAAAUUUACUUAAAAUAAAAGAAUAAUUAAAAAUA